UGAAAAGUAUAUGCGAUUUCUAUAGCUUCUUUAUCGGUCUCGUUUGAUUGAUUUGAGUGAUAGAAUACUUAAUUCAGUGCCCAUAAACUUCAUCGCUCUUUUGAAGGUUGGAGAUUUAUAAAUCACGACAGGCAAGAUGGGUUACGGAAACGAUGGCAGGAUGGAGGAGAAGAAGGACAUGAUCUACCUCAACAACAAGCUUGCUGACUACAUGCAGCGUGUCCGAAACAUGGGCCCCGGGCAAAACUCUCAGAUCUUCUUGGAGACCCUCCGUAACAUCGAAUGCGAAGUGGAGAAGCUGAAAAAGCUGUAUGAGAGCGAGCUAGAUAAACUCAGAAAGAAGGUCGACGAAGCUAACCGACUCAAGAACGACGCGGCCUCAGACGCUGAAAAGAACAGGCGGCUGGCAUGUGACUUCGAUGAGAGGUACCGCGCUGAGAAGGACAAGAAUGCCGCUCUAUCUAGGGAGCUGGACCGGCUUCAGCGAAUGAUGGGUGAACUGGAGAAGGAACUAGCGGUCGCUAAGUCAUCCGCUGCCAACCCUAAGGCCCAGCUUGCGCAGGCGCAGAACGACCUUGCCCGUGAGGCGGCAAAGUAUAAGGAACUGUGCAGGGAACUUGAUCAGGAGAAGGCUAAUAACAAGCAGUUGAACGACCAGAACAAGGUCCUCCAACAAACAAAGGGCUUCAAUGACCAGGUCAAGAGCGAACAGCUGAAGGAUGCAAACAACAAGCUUGACCAAGCGAAGAAACUUAUUGCUGACCUUGAACGGCGCAACAAGGACCUCGAGCGCCAGGUCGCAACUCUCCCGGAAAUGGUUGAAGAAAUGCGCAAGAAGAACAACCGGGACCUUGAAAAAUACAAGCAAGCAAUGGAAGCCGAGAACCGACAAAAUCACGGAAUGUUGCGGCAGCAGUUUGAGGAGCAGAUUGCUCAGCUGAAGGCCGACAACGAGAAAAUGAACAAGGAGAACGAGCGACUGAUGAAACGUCUCCGUGAACUGGAGGGACAAGUCAAUGACCUUGGUGCCCAGAAAGCGGUACUGGAACAGCAGUUAGCCCAGGAGAGAACCAGGUCAUCGGACAAGCUGAGGGAUUUGGAGCGGCGAUUGAGGGAGUUGCAAGACAUGUUGCAACAGAAGAUAAACGAAAUGAACGCUGGCAAGGAGACUGAACACUCCCUCAAGGCUGAGAUUGAGACAUACAGGAUCCUUCUUAAUGAGGAGUCAAAGCGCCUGGACGGAGAAGGUGGAGAUACGACAGGCCGCCGCCCUCUGUCCCGCUCCUACGCUGGAAGAGCAACAACGCCACCCGGAAGCUCCAACGCCAGAUGCAGGCCCGGGAGCCCAUCCCAGCGCGCUCGUGGGCCGAACACAUUCAGAGGUGACCCACGGACCACGUACCAGUCUGCAUACGGACACCGCGGAUGGAAUAAAUCCAAGACCUCAAAUGAUGGCUUCCCGGCUCUGCAGUCAGGGAACUCGAAGUUGUAUGCCGGGAAUAGCUGGGGCAACUCUGGAUGUGGAAACACGAGAAGUUUGCCAAAGGUCUACGCCUAGGUGCAGACAGUUUUGGGCUACAAAUCUAACUGACGCCUAUUGGUGGCCAAUGACAUUUACUGUUGGGUGGCUUGACGCCACUGACUAACUGGGAUUAUUCCAUUAUAUAUGAAAGACUUUUGAUUGAAAUGUGCUUUGUAUAAAAUUAUAAUAAUGGUAUUAAUAUCUUUGAAAUGUAUUAACUGUUAUGUAGGCAAUUUUUAUCCGUCCAUUACCUUUUUCCAAUGAUUUCUUCUUUAAACAUUUCAAUUUAAAUUAUGUUUUAUAUAUUGUGAUAAUAAUACAUUUUGGUCGGCGAUACACGACGCUAUUUACAUGUAUUUUCCCAUACAAAUUUCCUAAACUGUUGAUCGCAUAUACAGCCGUAUCUAAUUGGCACACAUUUAUAUGUAUUUUCCCAAAUAAAUCUAGUUGCUUUUCCUACUUUACCAUAAAUCUGGCCUAAUCGUAUUGAAAUAUAUGUGCAUGUUAAUAAUAAUCUAGUAACGUUCGCCACUUUAUCUAAAUACUUGCUUGACUGAACCAUGUUUGUUAUUCCCUAUUUUCCAUAUGCUUAAAAUAGUUGUUUUGAUUAGAGGUAGUUAGACCGUUUUAGUUGUGUAAAAUAAAUAAAAUUCAAGAGGCAAAAUAUCAUGUUAAAAUUGAAAGGAAUUAUAACAUCACUUGGAUAUAAUUCUUAACAUGACAGUAUAAAGAGUUCUUAGUUCCUGCAAGAAUAUCCACCGAUUCACCGAAGUUCCAUGUCUGUGAUAUUGUUAUUUAUAUUGUCGUGCUCAUUUGAUUAGGAGAAAAAAAUAUUUUGUACUUUAUAAAUGAGAAAGAAAAUAUAAUUUGAAUCAUU